CCUCCCCCUCCAACUUCUGGUGGUGGUGGUGGUGGACAACACGUCCGAAGCAAGAAACACGUGUCUGCUCCGAUUCCGUAGCCAUUUUGGCUCAAGGGAUUUCGGCUCGAGCAUUCUUGUGCAGUCUAUACGGUUGCCGCGUGCUCACGCAGACCCGCGCGUGCUCCCAGCGCGUGGCCAGGCGGGCCGGCGCGCGCAAACAGAGAGAUGCCGGCCGCGGGGGCCCGCGUUGCUCUGCUCGCGGUGGCUUCGGGGCUCGCCGCCGCGGCCUCGCUCGGCGCCGCCAGCGCGCCGCGGUCUGAGGCGGAGGUGGACACCCAGCAGGAGUGCGAGCACGCGGCCGCGCGCGUCGAGGCCCUUCAGCGGCGCUCGGUGCUGACGGGCUCUCGGGCCCCCACGGAGGAGGAGGAGCUGGAGGAGUCUCGCGCCGAGGCCGAGGUGGAGGGCAACCCUUACGCGCCUGGGCCCAACGUUUACCUCGCGACCAUUGUGGAUCCACAAAAUUUCCGGAGCUAUUGCCUGGACAUCGCCGGUUCCCCGCCCCACCCGCAGUGCGGCAGCAUCCAGGGCCACAGCUGCAAGACCGAGGGCGAGGACACCCAGUUCAAGUACGACCCCGACAAGCAUCAAAUCCGUUCCGUCAACUUCAAUGAGCGUUGCAACCCGCUGUACAGCGGGUCGGCGAACGGCAGAUCAUGGAAGGCGCAUCAUGGGGAUCCUGCUUGUCUCACUGUCCGCGGAGACCUUCAAGCUGGGUCCACCUUCAGCCUCACGAGCUGUGUCAGUUCCGGAAGCGACAGGCAGAAAUUCUCGUUCACGAGCAGGGGGCAGUUUGUGGUAGGCGACGGUUCCUCCUCCCUAUGCGUCGUCUUGGGAAUGAAUGCGACGGAGUAUACGGAUCAGGACUUUUUCACCCGCCCCGCAGAACUCCAGGACUGCGAGUCGUGGCCGACGGAGUUGUCCACGUGGGAGGUCCUUCUCCCAGACCACACCUUUCUUUCUGUUAUCGAUGCCAGCCCCUCCAGUUAGGGCCUGCCGGCAGUGAGGGACCAGCCUGCCAGUGGGAGCACAUGAUUCAGACCGAAUUAUCUUCUCUGCGGAGGUUGACCAUCCACGGGUUGCUUCUAAUUCGUUUGCUUUUUUCUUGUAAUUUCCUUCGCAUUUAUGAAGCAGCACGUGGGGAUCCUCUAGGAGCGUUCAAGAGGGUAAAUGUUGAACCCGAGAGGCAAGCAAACACACAUCGAUCAGCAAACAGUUGUGGGAACCAUACUUAGUCCGGGCAUGGCCCGAGCGUGCGCAGUGGUCAAGUCCCACAAGAAGUGGCGCUGCCAUUCCGGCUGACCAGCCGCGCUCGCCGCCUCCCAUCUCAGCCCCGUUGCUGCCGUCGCGGAUGCCAUGGGCAAUUUUGAUACCCAUGCCGUCCAUGCCUUACACUUGCCGCCAUGGAGCGGCGUGCGCAGGCUUGUGCAGGCGUGUGGGGCCCAGGCGUGGCCCAGGCGUGUGCAUUGGUCAAACAAUCCAUAUCAGAAGAAGUGUCGCUGCCCUCUCCUGCUGACCAGCCUCGCCCGACGCCUCGCAUCGUCCCAUCUCCCUGCGCUGAUGCGAUAGGACUGCUUUUCAUUGCCCCCUGGCGAAAACGGGCGUGAAAAAAAAAAAACACGUGUCUGCUCCGAUGGAAUGCAUCGCAGGUCCCCCGCGGCGGAUCCAGGCCUUUAGGAAUCCAGGCCCUUUUGCGAGCGGCUGCUCUGCGAGUCGUGGAGCGCGCGCUCGUUUGGGAGAGCAGCGGCCCUCGCCCUGGCGCGGUCAGCGCGCGCGCCGUGGCGCUGCCUGCGCCCGCCGGGGGGCAGCCGAGAGCCGCCAUCGCGCAGUGGGAGGGCCAUAAACCCUGAACUUCCAGGAGGGCAAUAAAAUAGAGGGCGGUCGUGCUUCGAAGCGCCUCCUGCCCCCGCCGGGACCCGCUGCCGCACGGCGGCGGCCCCACGUGGAAAUGCUCAAGGGUCUCGCGAAAAGAGCACCUGCAACAGUGCAAGAUUUGCGGGGCUUGUGUGGUCAAGCCCGAUUCGACCCGCAAGCUUCUCCGCAGGGGACGCGGGACGACCAGCACGGCCCGCCUCCGGGCUCGAGUUGGGGAGACGUUCGCAUCGAAGCGACCUUCCUCCUCGUGCUCGCGCUUGUCAGCUGCCUCUCACCGGUUCUAGAGAACCGUAUGCCUGCGCAGUCUUUUUUUUGUCGCGGCCGCAAGCGAAAGCGCAGGAGGCGUCAAAGGUAAGUCCGGGGCGCGGUCCCUACAAAUCAUGCAGCGACAAGCAAGCAAAGGCGCGACACCGAGCGCGCGAUCAGAAAGGAGUUCUCCUUUUGUUCUUCUUUCUUUUUCGUUUGUGCCUGCGCAGUCGGCGCAGCCUCAAGGAUGCCCCGUCGGAGCCCCGAGGUUGCCGAGAGGGGCCGAGGUGGCCGAGGCCCCCGGGGCUCGUGGCGGCUCUGCGCCCCGCGGGCGGCACCGGGGGCGCCGAGAGAACAAGAGCAUGGCUCGGGGGCGG